AUGAGCACCGGCGGGGGCAUCGCCACCGCCGUCAGCGUGUCCUCUGGCCGGAGCCCGGCCGUCAGCACCGUGUCGCUCCAGUCCAGUACGGCCCCGCCAGCCGAGAGCAGCGCGCGGAUCCGCCUCCUCGCAGGGCCCCGCUCCACCAGCCUCCGCAACGUGUCCACCGAGUCUGUCGCCUGCAGCGUCGCACGCCUCGCCAGCGCGCCCGAAGGCCAGAGCACCGACACGACGACAGGCGCGCCCCCAGCCGCGUCCCCGAUGCUCCGCUUCUGUGCGGCAGCGUCGCCGCUGGGCGCAGCGGGCGGCGUGGCCUGCGGGCAGAGG